CAACCUAAGUUUCUCUUCAUUUUUCAAUAAAAAUUUCUUUUUUAAAGUUGCAAUAUGUGUGAUUUUGAACAUUUUACUCAUUGCAGACUAGUUUGAAAUGUUUGAUGCAAGCAAACCAGCAUUCACUGUUCAAUAUUGACAAUUUGGACAGCGCACUAUCAGCUAUUCAGUCCUGGGAGAACCUUGUCAAUGACCCACAAACUGGAGAAUCCAUAAUAAAGUUCAUGGAGAAUGAAGUGGAACUUAGUGAUAGAGCGCACGAUGAACUUGUACUGAGAGCUGCCAAAUUUCCUCCUCAACUUUUGAAGCUGAUGUGUGAAAGUGAUGCAUUUCUGUAUCCCCUAUUGUUACCGCCCUUUCCAUUCUACAUCUUUGAAAUUCCAGGAGAGUUUAUGCCUUCAGAACUGAACCUGUUGAUCUUGGGAUAUGAUCAGUUUCUUCCGUACGUGAAGCAUCAACGAAAGUGGACUGCUAGGACCUCUCUAAUUUUCCUCGUGGCAGAGCUACUAUCCAGACUGCUUCUCCCAGCACAUUCUCCUUCGACAAUAGUCAAGUAUAUUGUCUCACAGCGAAAGUCCAAGAAAAAUAAUGCUAUCAAGGAAUAUUUCAAGACAAGCGCUGUCAAAUCAUUCUGCCAUCACAUAGUUCCAAUCAACGGGAAACUGAAGCUCAAAAAUAAUAUCAAGGAAUUAUUGCCUCACGUAUUCAUAGAGUUCUUGAAAUCAGAAAUUGAACAGCAAAAAUUAUAAUAAUACUGUUGACAGUAAUUUGAUGUGACCCAGAACUUUUAAUAGCUUGAAUCCUACAAAAAUCAUACAUUUAUAAUGAAUCAGCUACCUAGCUGAUUUAUGAUCAAGAUCAAAUUGAAGGCUGCUGUUUGAUGGAUUAAUAUAUGUUUUCCGUUGAUUCAAGUGGAUUAAUCAAAUCUACCAAGUCACGAUUACUGAACAAAAUGGAGUUAAUGAAAAUAUUUUUUUUAAUCUUUGGAGCAUGAACAAUACAUCUCAUCAGUGAGAAGCCUUCCUGAAAGGAGUGAUCACCUGACUAUUCCUGUGUUGGUGGACCUGCACUGGACUCUGUGCAAGACGGUUGGCAAGCUGGGCGAAUGUUUUGGAACGAAAAUGUUGUUGGUGAUGGUGCACUUUUGCUUUAGAUUCAUCAAUACCCCUUUCACCUUGAUCACGUUCUGGAUGAAUGCUAGAGAUAGAGGCAAGGUAGACAUCGUGGUCGUGGCUAGCAAAGCCAUAGAAGUUCUCAUGUAUGUCUUUGAAAUACUAUUUCUCAUAAUGCCGUGCGUGCAAACAGCAAGUGAGGCAAAAAGAACAUCGCAUGUGAUCUGUCCAUUACUCAACAAAUACUUACCUACAAAUGUCAGACGACAGCUUGAGAAAUCCAUUCAACGCUUGAAAUUGCACAAUGCUGAUUUCCAUCCCAUGGGACUUUUCAAAUUCGACUUGUCAAUUAUUACAUCG